UCUGUAUUAUUAUGUUUUUAUAGUUGACAACUGUUUUAGACCCUUAUAUGUGAUAUGUUAUGAACCAGUCUUCAGAUCAACAAGUCCCAGAAACAUGUAGCGUUCGCUGGCAGAAAUGGUUGAAGAAGUGGGUGGAUGUGGAUGUGUGACAGUGUUGAAAUGGUUAAACGAGCGGCGUCUCCACCCGAUGCUGGCCAGACGCUGUCGGCUGCAGGUGAUAGUUCACUCCGCAGACCACGAGCGUUUUCCGAGGAAACACGGGGACCGGGGCGGUGUCUUGUCAUACAGCUGUCAACGGAGUCGCCUGGACGGUGUCUUUUCUAUAAAGUAAUCUUACGUUUAUAACUGAGAGAAAACAAGCACAUCGAAAUUACUCGCCGAGAGAAGUGCGCAAGCGCGUGCGCUACAACACAGGGAAUUUCUACAAUCUGGAAGGAUUUCUCUUAUCAGAAGGGACAUUUAAAGGAAAGAGCAUCGCUGUUCUGAUUAAAAAACAAAACAAAACAGAUUUUAUGCGCUGUGGUCCUCAUUUCUGAACCGUUUCUCAUAAGAUCCAAGCCUUCGCCUCGUCGUUGUCGAUCAUGGCAUGGCCCUGUAUCACCAGGGCUUGCUGCAUCAACCGCUUCUGGAGUGAGUUGGACAAAGGUGACAUUGCAGUGCCUUUGGUUUUCACGAAGUAUUCAGAUGUGGCCGAGGUGCAACAUCUGCACCCUCAACCCAAACCAUUAAUAUCACAAAAGCCGGUCAUCGCAGAAUCCCAGCCUGCCCAUAGCGCUCAUCAGGAGGCGUCGACCAGAGCGACUCACGCCGCUGCUGAUGCCGCAGCAUCAGCACCUCAAGACGGGUCAGGCGCUUCUGUGAUGCGCCAGGAUUUCAAAGCCUGGAGUGUGCGUCCGGAACGAAGCUGCAAACCCAAAAACGAGUAUCACCCAUCAAAGACUCCUUUCAACAACGUGACUCAGUACCAAAAAGAUUACCAACCAUGGCCCGUUCCGAAAAGAGGAGAUCAUCCGUGGAUUCCCAAACAACCCACUCCUGCUGCACCUUGUAAGGCUGAGAGCAAGUUCUCCAAACAGGAGUUGGCCAUUUCAGAGGUUGAAACCGGUGUGGAAAAAUGUGAGAUCGAAGAAAAACAACACGAAAAAGAGAGUAAAGAAAGGAGAAAGAAGUUAGACAAAAAAGAGCAUGUGUCAGAGGGGAUCAAAAUGGAGCAAGAUGUUGCUGUGGAGGGAAAGAGGAGGUCUGCUGCAGAUGUUGUCAACAGGCAGAUUAAGGAGGAGGUCACAUCUGGAAGUUCAUAUAGUACGGAGUUCAAGGCUUAUAGAGAUGUCAAACCAGUGAAACCCAUCAAAGCGAAAUCUCAGUACAAACUCCUAGUGGAGGAGAAGACCAACCUGGAGACCAGUUACAGUGCCACCUUUAAAGGAGAGCAGGUCAAACCUCAUGCCACAGACAACAAGCUGUUGGAGCGCCGUCGGAUACGAAGCCUGUACAGUGAACCAAGCAAAGAUUCCAGCAAGGUGGAGAGGCAUAAUAUAUCACUAUCCAAGCCAAAAAAGACAACAAGCCAUAGCAAAACAGUGAAAAAAUCAAAGGAGAAGCCAAUCCCUGGGAGUCAAGCUGCCAAGAAGAAAACCUCAGUGAGCAACCAGGAGCCAAAGCCAGAGGGAAGGGUCACCAAGAAAAGCAAAGAAAUGAUCAACAGACUAGCCGAGGCAAAAGAUUAAGUGCACUUUUGUGUUUGGGGGGGUUGAGGAGGCUAUAAUACAGAAUAGAGGACUCUCAUCCCCUUGUUCAUGACCUUACUCUAAUGGCCCGACUCUGAUCGUGUCUUUACCUAUGUAUUGUAUUGGAUCAAGGCUUGUCUGCUUGAUUUGUCUUGACUGUGUGGCCACUGUCCAGUCUGUUAUUGAUCUAUCUUUGCUUUUGCCCUGUGUCUGCUCCCUUUCCAUAUACAUCAAUAGCUUUCUCUGUGGCAAAGAUGAUUCACGGAUCCUUGUUGCAUGCUGCCUCUGAGCAAAUGGCCAAAUGCCUUAUUAUAUAGGAUAAGGUUUUUGCUUUAUCUUGCAUUCAAAAAUAUUUACUGCAAAAAUAAUGGUCUUUUCUUUCAAGCAAUCUAAUUCAAUGUAUUAUGGACUUCAUUUGAAAUAUAUGGACCUCUCUAAUUAGAUGCACCAAUAGCAUUGCUCAUACACUAAGAUGUAAUUUUUGUCACCACACAUUUGGAUUAUAACAAUGUUGUAUUCCUCACAAA